CUCAUUUCAAACAAAUCCAAACAGAGAGCAGGUUCUGGGUUUCACUCCCACACCACACUCAAAAAAGACCAAAGCUUUCGAGUUUCGACUCUCCCAAACUCACAGAGCUCUCCAACAUGGAAGUCCCCAAAGACCAAAUCGCAACUCUCAUGGAACACGGCCUCCACACCUCGGCCCAAAUCCUCGGUUGCUUUCUGGUUUCCUCCCCAGCUGCCAAUGCCGACGUCACUCCCCAACUCAAAGCUGAGAGCUUGGUGCUUCUUGCAGACUCUUUGUUUCGGGAUAGAGAGUUUCGUAGAGCUAUUCAUACAUACAAGCAAGCAUUGCAGUUUUGCAAGACUAUUUCCAAGACAAAUCCAACAUCAACCCGGAGUUCGUUGACUUCGAAUCGGUCUUCUUCUCCGAGUGUUUUUAACCUUUCAGGAAUUAAUGAGGAUGAGGUGAAGUUCAAGAUUGCAUCUUGUCAUUCUGCGCUUAGUGAGUACGGAGCAGCCCUUGCUGAGAUAGAUAAUAUUCCAGGCAAAAUGAGGAGCUUGCAAAUGAAUUUGUUGAUGGGGAAACUCUUUCGGUAUUCUAGACAGAAUCGUUCUGCUGUUUCUUGUUUCAAAGAAUGUCUAAGGUCUUGCCCUUAUGUCUUUGAUGCUAUCAUAGCUUUAGCAGAAUUAGGAGUUUCUGCUAAGGACAUUACUUCCUUGAUUCCGCAGACUCCUAAUAGAAGUGGAAGGUCUUCAUUUGAGCAAUUGGACUCGAGUCGUUGGCUGCAACGCUAUGUUGAGGCUCAGUGUUCCAUCGCUUGUAAUGAUUACAAAGGUGGUCUGGAACACUUUACAGAUCUUUUGCAACGUUUCCCUAAUAACUUACACUUGUUACUUGAAAUUGCAAAGGUUGAAGCUAUUGUUGGGAAAAAUGAUGAGGCAUUAAUGAACUUUGAAAAGGCUCGAUCAAUUGAUCCAUAUGUUGUGACAUACAUGGAUGAGUAUGCAAUGCUUCUAAAGAUAAAGUCUGACUUCUCAAAGUUAAACAAAUUAGUGCAUGAUUUAUUGAUCACUGAUUCUACAAGUCCAGAAGUUUUUGUGGCCUUAUCUGUGCUUUGGGAACGAAAAGACGAGAGAGGAGCUUUAUCGUAUGCUGAGAAGAGCAUACGAAUUGAUGAGAGGCAUAUACCAGGUUAUAUAAUGAAGGGUAACCUGCUGUUAUCAAUGAAGCGAGCAGAAGCAGCUGUAAUUGCCUUCAGGGCAGCUCAAGAGUUGAGACCUGAUAUUCGUUCAUAUCAAGGUUUGGUUCAAUCUUAUCUAGCUCUCUCUAAAAUUAAGGAGGCUUUAUAUGCUUCAAGGGAGGCUAUGAAGGCCAUGCCUCAAUCCGCAAAGGCUCUAAAAUUAGUAGGGGAUGUACAUGCGAGUAACUCUGGGGGCAGGGAGAAGGCAAAAAAGUUCUAUGAGUCUGCCCUUAGGCUGGAACCUGGUUAUCUUGGAGCUGCAUUAGCUCUGGCUGAGCUUCAUGUUACUGAAGGCCGUAACGGUGAUGCUGUGUCUCUGCUAGAGCGAUAUCUGAAGGAUUGGGCCGAUGACUCUCUACAUGUCAAGCUUGCUCAAGUAUUUGCUGCAACAAAUAUGCUGCAAGAUGCACUAUCACAUUUUCAAGCUGCAUUGAGGAUAAAUGCACAGAAUGAAGCUGCAAAGAAAGGUUUAGAGCGGUUAGAGAAACAAAUGAAGGGGGUCGAUCCUGAUGCAACUGAAGAAGAUGAAGAUAACGAGGUUGAUGAUGCUGAUGGAGACCAAGAUGAGACUGAACUUUUAUAGCUUUUAACAAGUAUCUGAAGACACUGGUUUCAAAGAAUGCCAUGAUCACAGGGGGCUGCCAUGCUGCAACGAAAUUGAGAUCCCAAGAAAGGAAGUCUGUUCCAGCUUUUGGCUGUGUUCAGACGAGUAUCCAAAAUUAUGUGUAUAAAUGUGAAAUGAAGCCACGAGAAGAUAGCAUUCAAAUAGAGAUGGAGCAGGAGUCUGGCUGCAAAGUGCCAAAUCUUCAUGGCCCAGAAAAUUCGUCAUGCAUCCUCCCUAUAUUCCAUUUCUCUGUUGAUUCUUAAGAACAUUAUUUAUGGUUAUCAUGUUGUAUUAUCUUUGUGAUCUCAACUUUAACAAGCUUAGCUACUUGUGUUUGCAUUAUCGUCAGCUGUUCCCAUACAGGCUGUUACA